CAGAAUUCCGUGGACUAUCUGUUAUGUGGGCGCACGCACACAGCAAAUUUAGGAGUUCCGAGAGUUUUUGGAAUAUGCAAGAAAAAGUAAAUAACGUACGUUUUUUCACCAUACUUCCCCUUUAACUCACUGUCUUAAGUAAUUUCAAGAUGAACUUUUUGCCUACAUCCUCCAAUGCUGCCGUCAUGAGCUUUCCCGUGGGCCUCUAAAUGCAAUUGUACAGGUUCCCUUUUUCUAGCCUGGUGCUCACCUGAGUGGUUGCAGUUGUGGUUGCAUGAGCUCCAAGCUUGUCUAUAGGUGCUUCUUGUUAUGGUCUUUUUUCCCUGUUCUUUCGUCCCUUUGUUUUGUUACUUUAUUCGUUCCCCAGUCCCCAAAACAGAAAGAGUUAUUCAGUAUUGCUUUUUGGCAUAGAGGGAAAUCUUAUUGGUGACGCCAUAAUCCGCUGAACAAGGAUGGUGGAUUUGAUUUUAAUCUUACAUACAUAAUGAAUUUUUUUGCUUAUAGUUUAGGUUAGAGUUUGUGUUGUUAUAGUAGUGUUAGUUAUCUGCUUUUGCCACAAGAUGUCGGAAUACAAUAUUCUCUCUGUAGGUAAUAUAAUUUGCUCAUGCUAUUUGAUCUGCCAAGUGUAUUAUCAGCAAGUUACACGAAUUGUCCUACACUGUAUAUUUGCUUCUGUUUCCCCUCUCUUACAAUCAGCAGCAGCAAAUGGAUAAGCUUUUGAAUGAUCAUGUUGAAGGAAAAAAUAUUAAUUUGCAAAGUUUGGUGGCCUUAAAUUUGUUUGGAGCUCAAGUCUCCGCUAGAAUUUACCCCGCAACAGAGGCAAUUUGAUACACAGUGAUCAAGUCUUGUUUUUAUUUGUUGUAUGAUGUCACUGCCAGGAUCCAAGUCUCCGGUAUCUGGUAAGCUGUAGCAUCAUCUAGCACUUUCAUUUUGAUAUGUAAUCCACUGCUAGAUAGAUCUAGUGCAUGCUGAAUCGGUAAUAGUCAUGGUUGUCAUUGCAUUCUGCACAGUUAAAUAUCGUUAAAUUUUCAGAAAUUUUGAAGUGUUUGGAGGUUGAAAUUAGCCAGAAUGUCUAUUUUCAAGGAACUUUUAUUUGGAACGGAUCAGGUCCAAAUGCAACUCAUAUAUGACCGAUCAUUUUCCGCAUAUUUCAGGCAUAUGAAUGUCUGUCAAUUGUCAUUAACAUUCAAUUUACACAGCAUAGGUUCAAAUACAGCAUUUAUCAGACAAAAAUCUAAGCUUGAUUACUGAUGUACUGUACAGAAAAGUAAGCAGAAGCAGCUGCCCCCACCAGAGUGGAGUUUAUUCUCAGCUCAAGGGGUGUAAGCAAAAUAGCAAAUUAAUGGUGAAGCUUCUUGAACUAUAUGUUGUUCACCCUUUUAAAUCUAGGCAGAUGAGACCGGGAGCUAAAGGAUAAUGUGCUUGCACAUUCCUUUGGAGCAAGUUGGCUUGACUCCAAUCCAUCACUGGGCAGAAUCCUUGAAGUAUGAAGGCAUUCGAGAGGUGCCCUCAAGCCUACAAGCAUUCAAGCAAAUUUGCAGGCAAAAUUAAGGACCUUGACGAUUGAAAGAGAUCAUCAUGAACAUAUGCAUACUAGAUGGUGGCACUGGUUCAGGUGAGAAAAAGCAACUUGUAUGCAAAGAGUUUAUCAUUGACGUUUCGCCUGCCACAGAGCCUGGUCAAUGGCCCGAGUGUUGCAUCUACAGGGUCCCCGAGUUGCUUCGCCGGGUAGAAAAAGAAGCCUACACUCCUAAACUAGUUCAUAUCGGCCCUCUCCACUACAGCAUGAAGCAACCCAAGGAUAUAGAAAUUCAGAAACUUCGAUAUUUGAAGGAAUUCUGUGAACGGACUAAGAAGAGUCAGAAUGAUCUUGCAGGCAUCAUUCAAAGCGACGAGUUAAAAAUCCGACAUUGCUAUUCAGAGACCUUUGAUCAGAUCAACAGUGAAGAGUUUGUGAAAAUGAUUCUAUUGGAUGCUAUUUUCAUCAUUGAGUUCAUCUUGAGGAGUCAAAAAGCGGUAGGAGGUUACGAAGAUCAUAUAUUAAGUAAACCAUGCUUAGCACAUUAUAUAGAGCAUGACUUAAUAUUACUUGAGAAUCAGCUUCCAUAUUUUGUUUUGAAGAAACUAUAUAACGUCUUUGCCCUCGAUGUACAAGAAAAACAGCAGGGUAAGGCUCCUGAUCCCUUUCUUAAGCUUGCCUGUAAUUUCUUACUCCAAAAGCCGGACGCAGUGCCCGAGGAGAACGAAGUGAAACUGAAACAUCUCACAGAUUUACUGAGGACGUAUUACAAUCUUCCGCGCCUAAGCUCGAAGUCUUUUGAGAGUGCAGAUCGGUUUUAUCAAUUGUGUAGUGCAACAAAGCUGGACGAAGUAGGAGUGAAUUUCAAGGUAGCUCCAGCUACAUCAGGCUUACUUGACAUAAAAUUCAAUAAGAAAAAGUACCUGGACUGGUGUCCAUGUUUAACUUUUUCAUGGCUCUUGGCUUGCUUACCUUGCUUGAAAUGCUUUGCGUGCUUGGAGCGUAUGCUGCCUUUGUUUGAAAUCCCACGCUUGGUCAUAGAUGACGUGACUGAAGGUAUUUUCCGAAACAUCAUGGCACUGGAGCAGUGUCACUAUCCAAUGGAAGCCCACUUCUGCUAUUACGUUAUACUAUUGGAUUAUAUCAUCAACGACGAAAAAGAUAUAGAAUUGCUUGUUGAGAAAAAGAUCAUCGUUAACAUGCUCGGUAGCCAUACUGCAGCUGCGACUUUUUUUAACAAACUCUGCCUUCAGAUUGUGACUAACGGCCGAUCGUGUUACGCCGAGGUAAUUAAAGGACUUCGAACCCAUUAUGAUGACCAUUGGAGCCGUAUUAUGGCAACCAUGGCAAGGGUUUAUUUCGGCGACUUUUGGAGAGGCGCUGCAACUGUGAUUGGACUUCUAUUAUUGGUCAACUCUCUCUGGGGACUCCUUCAGCCAUUUGUUGUGAAGGAAUGAAUAAAGUGCCUGUCACUCUGUGCUUUAAUGUUUGUUCGAGUGAUGUCUUUUUUUUUUUCCGUUUUCUUUUUUAAAGCUUGAGUCAUGAUUUGUUUUCUUUUCUUUUUGUUUUGUUUUUUUUUUUUGUUUUUCAUGCAGAAUUGAAGCAUGAUCUGUGUGCUUAUUGUUUGUUUGAGUGCUCUGCUUAUGAACUUUGUAAUCCAUGUCCUACUUACCUUGUGAUAG